GCUCUAAGAAAAGUCAGUGGCGCUGGAGCCGCCGCCGCUGCCAUGCACAACCUCACCAUGAGCCGCCACAACGGCUCCGAGCUCCACAUCCUGUGUAGCUCUGGCCAUCUGUUCCUGCAGCCCCUCUGGGACCGCCUGAGGACCUGGGAACCCCUCAUCCAGUCGCCUUUCUUCCCCGUCGUCUUCUCCAUCACCACUUACGUGGGCUUCUGCCUCCCCUUCGUGGUGCUGGACAUCAUCUGCCCCUGGGUGCCGGCGCUGCGGCGCUACAAGAUCCACCCGGACUUCUCGCCGUCAGUGAGGCAGCUGCUGCCCUGCCUGGGGCUGACACUCUACCACCACGUGGUGUUCAUUUUCCCCAUGACGCUGCUGCACUGGGUGGCCAGCCGGGCCCCGCUGCCCCCCGAAGCCCCCGAGCUGCUGCAGCUGGCGCGCCACGUCGUGUUCUGCCUGCUCCUCUUCGAUGCUGAGUUCUUCGUGUGGCAUGUGCUGCACCACAAAGUGCCCUGGCUGUACCGGUCCUUCCACAAGAUGCACCACCAGAACUCAUCUUCAUUCGCACUGGCCACGCAGUACGUGAGUGUCUGGGAGCUGUUUUCCUUGGGUUUCUUUGACAUGGUGAAUGUCUUGCUGCUCCGGUGCCACCCGCUGACUGUCCUCAUCUUCCACGUGGUCAACAUCUGGCUGUCAGUGGAGGACCACUCCGGCUACGACUUCCCCUGGUCCACGCACAGACUGGUACCUUUCGGGUGGUAUGGGGGUGUGGCGCACCACGACCUGCAUCACUCUCAGUUUAACUGCAACUUCGCCCCUUACUUCACACACUGGGACAGAAUCCUGGGAACGCUGCAGUCUGCUCAUGCCAAGUAAUGUGCACUCCUCCCCACAGAGUAUGUGGCGACAGUGAGCAGUGGGUGCAUCUCAGACCUUGUGCAUUUCACACUUGAAUCAAGAGAGACACACUUGACUUUGUUUCGUCAGUAACUUAUUAUCUGAUGGAAACUUAUAGGUAAAAUCUGCUGUAUUUUUACACAGUCUAAUAAAAUAAUUUAUAUAA